AUGGGAGAGUCUGCGGACGGGUACUCGUACACGAUUGACGGUGCCUGCUGGGAAAACGAGAUAGACCUGUCCUGCAUCGACCCCGAACUUCGACCCCUCCCUCAGUACUACAUGUACAGGGAUAUCCUUCGAGACGGCACGAGUGACCCUCGACAUAGCUACAACUGCGCCUAUGAUCCCAUGGCUCAUGGGUUCAGCCAUCCCUCCUCUCAACCACCGAGCACCCUCUGUCCCAAUGAAGCCAGCAAAUUCUGCACUGACGAGCUGAACUGGGAUCUCCACCUGCUCUACCUGUCGCCCAGGAUGGAGCUGUCCGGCCACGAAUGCUGUGUCAGCGACUAUGCCCUCAGUCCGGACGUGGGAGGGAGUUCACGAGAUUCUUCAUUCCAUAUGGAUUCCGAGUAUGAUGUGCCAUUGUACGAGUCGGCCGAGGCGGAUGGUCAUGGUUGGAGUCCGGCACCAUCCCUCGUGCCGCCUCUUUCUUCCACCACGGGCUCUUGGUAUCAGGGAUCUUUGAGCAUGAGGGACCUUCAAGUCACCCCCGAUCCUGAAGGGGAUGACGACGAGGUCAUGGAUGACAGGGAUACCCUCUACAACCGAAUCCCCCUUCCGGAGGAGCUUGAAUUGACCGAAGAGGCAGACAGUCCAGCCGAUUCUGGCCUUGGGCAAUCCAUCUUUGAGGAGAUGCAUGGCGAGGAAGAGGAUUGCGGUGUGUACGGGAGCGACAACGAUUCUGGAAUUGUGGCGGAGAGCCGACCAAAGUGUCACUCCGUCACCAAGUCCCGUCAUUCGUUACGCUCUCCGCCACAGCCGGCAGCAAGGGGGUCGCACAAAAGCACGGCUGUCGAUGCACGACUCAGGCGCAAGAGAAUUGCGUCGCAGCAGAAGGCGUCGGGGUCCAAAGCCUUCAUCUGCGCUUUUCAUCACUACGACUGUAAGUUGGCGUUUGCCAGCAAAAAUGAAUGGAAACGUCACGUCACUUCGCAGCACCUUCAGUUGGGCUACUAUCGUUGUGACCUGGGGAAUUGUUCGGCCGAAGCCUACUGGGGGGUCUACAACGACUUCAACCGCAAAGACCUUUUCACCCAGCACUGUCGAAGAAUGCAUGCGCCUUGGUUGCAGGAGGGGUUGACCGAGCGCGACGUCAGCAGGAAAGAAAGAGAUAAGUAUGAAAGACAACUCGAGACCAUUCGCAUUCGCUGCUGGGUGGGCCGCCGCAAGCCGCCGGCACGCAGUCGGUGUGGGUUUUGCCAGAAGGAGUUCGUCGACAGUGCAGACGGAAGGCACAAAGCGUGGGAACAGCGAAUGGAACACAUUGGUCGGCAUCUGGAGAGAGACGGGAUGACUGUCGAGCAGGAAGGGGUCGAUCUCAGCCUCCGAGAGUGGGGUCUUGCCGAAGGGAUCAUUGAAGCCACGAGGAAGGGCCAGUAUCGGCUGGUCAGCUCUCGGUCAACCACGCGCAGGCAAGGGAUCCGGGGUCAACGGCGAAGCGGACGACUGGUGGGGAAGAAGCAGGUGAAGGAGGAAAGUGAGGAGGAGGAUGAGGAGGGGGAUGAUUGA